AUGUUCAAUAUACAUACCUUAAGAGAUACUAAGAAUAGAAAGAUUCUGGAGGGGCCAGGUCAUCGACUUGGUAGCAUUCAUAAAUCAAAACUUGAGAAAGCAUUAUGCAGUAGCAUCAAAACUGCUUCUGAUAUUGCUAAUGAAUAUAAAGACCUCCAGGGCAUAUAUUUAAAACAAAAAGAGGAUCUUGUGCUAGUUAAGUGUAUUCAAAAUGAUCUAGAUCACUUAGUAAGUGAUCUAGAAGAUGAACUAGAACAAAUUUCUCUAAAACCAGACCUGUCAUCUAAUAAUUCAAAAAUGGGUGGUGAUGCAGUAGAAGAAAUCUCUUUAAAACCAGAUCUAUCAUUUAAUGAUUCAAAAACAGGUGGCGAUGCUAAAGAAGAGGUAUCCAGUUUCUCUAAGACCCCCUCUUUGUCUUCACAUCACUCAGGGCUUGAGCCUAAUGAAAGUAAAGUAAAAGAUGUGCUACCUCCACAAAG